AUGAAGUCGCAAAAAAUCACAGUUCUCCAAUUUUCUAAUGUUGCUUUUGAAAUUCAUCCAGGAAUUGAGAAUAUUGGAACAUUUUCACUUGUUAUGGAGAAGACAGAUUUGCGAUUUGAGUGGAAACCAUUGAAUCCACUUCAAUACAUAGGAAAUGCAUUUGAUACACAGAAUUUCAGCAUUAUUGUUAGAUUGUGUGAAGUUAUCGAAGUCAGUAAAAUAUGCGAAUCAAUGUCUGUUGUGUGUCUUGAGUUUGUCCUUCGAAAUAACGUCAAAUUACCAUUAUUCCGUUUCAAAAAUUCACCACAAUCAUCAAUUACACAUCUUUUAGAAUUCCUUUCAUUCAAACAUUACAUUAAUCAGUCAAAAUUAAACCAAAAUUCUUUUUCAGUAAAAUAUCCAUAUACAAAACCACUUCCAAUCAAAAAUUCCAUAAGUGCGCUAGGCGCAGUUGCAUAUUCCGCACAUCAAGGCAUCAUUCAACAAUUCAAACAACAAAUUCCGAAACAAAAUCCAUUAACUCUAAAAGAUAUCUCAUUAUUCUUUAGGUCAGACGGUUCAUUAUCGAUCGAACUUGAUACAUUAAUCACUAAAAUCCACAAAAACGGGCUAGAACCAAAAGCAAGAUUUCAAAUUUGGCCUUAUCUCUUAAAAAUCUACAAACCAGACAUGACAAAUGACGACAAAGAUAAAGUCAUACAGAAACAGAUCUCAGAAUACAAGAAACUCCAAGAACAAUACAAUUCUUUACUAAAAUCCCAAACAGAAGGGGUUCUUAACAUACAAACCAUCCUCAGAACAAUCUCAAAUGACGUAAACAGAACAGAUCGAAACCUUCCGCAGUUCAAAGACCAGAAUUCUCCUUAUCUUAAAAUGGUAUCAAAUAUUUUAACUGUUUACGCCAUUUACAACAAAGAUACCGAUUACGUACAGGGAAUGGGAGACAUUUUGUCACCUUUUAUACUACUUUCAGUUGAAAAAUUCCAAAAUAAUGAAACCGCAAUUUUAUCUGACGGAAGAAAUGUUUCUAGGACCGAAGCAGAAGCGAUAGUCUUCUUCAUGUACGCGAGUUUCAUGGAAAUAAUGCAGCAGGACCGCAUUUUCACUGAUUUAGCGAAAAAUCAAGAAAUAAUUCUUGAAAAAGUCUUCGAAAUCAUCGAGUAUUUCCACAAACCAUUGACGAAUUGGAUCAGGAGUAAAGAGCUCGAGACAAUGACCUUUGUUUUCAGGCACAUUUUGCUUCUUUUCAAGAGGGAGUUCGAACUCCAAAAAGUUUAUGAAAUUUGGGAAAAAUUUUUGAGUUCUGAAGAACCAUUUGUUCUUCCACGGUUCUUCCUUGCGUCUAUAAUCAUGGAGAUCUUCCCGAAGAUGCUCCUGGAGACAGACGGAUCGAUUGGGGAAGUGAUGACAGCUGCAGACAAAAUCUCGAAGAUGCUGGACAGCGAAAGCUUGAUUUCCAUGUCCGAACUGCUGAGGGAGAGGAUUGGCUACAAGGUGCAGGACGCUGUGGAAGCGCUGCCGAGGAAUAACCAGUACAAGGACAGCAGUAAGAAACUCAAAUAUUUGAUUGUUGAAUAA